AUGUCAAUGGCAAAAGAAGAUUUAGCAAAAGAUAAUGAAAAACGUUCAUGUGAAUUAACUGCUGAUUUUACUCAUUUACAAUUACAAGCAAUACAUAAAAUCAUGACAUUAAAAUUUGCACUUAAUGAAGCAUUUGAAAAUUCAUUAUCUGGUACAGCCCAUUUACCGAAUUUUAUAGGACAAUUAUGUCGUGUUACAAAAGCAACUGAAAUUGGAAAAGAAUCUAUUGGUCUUAGGAUUUCCAUGAGACAAUUUUGUUAG